UUUGAAAACUAAUGUUAGAUACAAUGAACCUUCUUCUAAAAUGUUCACAUAAAUAGUGAGGUUGGUGUAACAUAUACACACAAGUUUUACAAUCAUUCUUCAUUUCUAAACUUUUGUUUAUUUUUUAGUAGGUCGUUGAAUGAAACAGGUUGCGGAAUCAUGGGUCGUCGCAAAAUUAAAAUAGAGAGGGUGAAAGACUCCAACACGAGGCAGGUCACUUUCUCAAAGCGUCGGACGGGCUUAUUCAAGAAAGCAAAUGAAUUGUCCAUUUUAUGCGGAGUUGAAGUCGCUAUUGUUGUGUUCUCUCCAGGGAACAAUCCUUAUUCUUUUGGUCACCCAGGAGUUGAUUUUGUUGCUGCCAAGUAUUUGAAACUAAAGCCUAAACGCAUGAAUUCCAUAGGAAACUCCUCUUCUGAUUCUCCCAAUAUGGAAAAAUUGAAUCUAGAACAUAUUGAGGUGUUAGGACAAGUUCAAGAAGGUGAAAAGCAAGCUGAGAAUCAUGAUGAGAUUCCGAAGCAAAACAACGUGACAAAACUCCUCGAGCUUAAAGAAUUGAGAGAUUCAUAUAAAGAGCUUCAAGAUUGCAUAAAAUUGCGUCUUAGUGAUAUCGAGAUAUCAGAAUGUUUGAUGCUUCUAGCUCAAGAUCCAGUUGUGGGAAUAAAAGAAUAAUCACCCAAAAAGAAAAGAAGACAAAAUUUAUGAUUUGUAGCAUGAAACCAACUUAUGUUCCUUUUUUUUUUUUAUGAAUAGUUUAUGUACCCUUGUGUCUUUAAAACCUUGUUGUGCAUGUACCACCAAGUUAAAGAGAGACAAGAGAAAAAAUAAUA